CGCAGACCCUGGCGGGGAGACGCCCUGAACCGAUGGGCUCGGCCGUCUGGGUCCUGCUGGCCCUGCUGGCGCCCGGCCCGCUGCGGGGUUCCCCCCCGCGGCUGGAGGUGCGGGGGGCCGGGGAUCAGAUCCUGCUGCCCUGCGGGGCUCCGGGCCCCCGGCUGCACUGGGUCUGGGCCCCCCGAUACCCCAAAUGUGCUGGCGACCCCGGAAACCUCGAAAUCGCCCGGCUGCCCCCCGGGCCGGAGCCCCCCCAGUUCAGGGGGCGCCUGGACCCCCACCCCUCAGCCCCGGGGGCCCUGCUGCUCCGGGACCUGGUCAUGAGCGACUCGGGGACCUUCACCUGCCACGGGGAGUCUGGGCCCGAGCCCCCCGUCCGGCUGGAGGUGACAGGAGGCUGUCGGAACAACCUCACCGUCUCCUCCAACCGGACGUCCCCCUCGGCCCUGACCCUCCGCUGCCGCCGCUGCCCCCUGCUGGCCGGCCCGGCCUCCUUCCGCUGGGUCCUCAACUCCCAGCCCCUGGGCAACCAGCGCUGGGCUACCAAGAGGGAGCAGGGGGCCACCGUGCGGCUGGACCCAUCUCGGCGGGCGGCCUCGGGGCGCUGGGAAUGUCGCCUCCUCGGCGCCGGCCCUGGGGGCUUUGAGAUCUGCCUGGAGCCCCCCCUCAGGGCAGUGGGGGCAGGCCCCGGCUCUGAGUUGGGGAUCUGGGUCGUGGCGCCGGCGGCAGCUCUGGGUCUGAUCGGGGCAGGGCUGGGUGCCUGGUGCCUGUGGAGACGGAGGCGGGGCAGGUGA